AAUCAUCAAUCAAUCCGUCUGGCAUUUGUGGUCGUGGAAACCGCCUACCUUACAAGGUUACAUUACUGACUGAUCGCUCUUUAUCUUUUAUAAGGAAGACCGGACAUCACUGUUCAGAAGUUUGCGACUCUGAAUCCAGCACUCCUUAGAAUGUCUUCAAUCGUGGAUAUCGAUCACCCGAUUGUCAACCAGCCUGGGGAUGUCAAACUGUCGCCCAUCAACCAGCCUACGUUGGAAAAAAGGUCUUCAGACACUGAAAAGAGUGAGGAGCAUACUCACUCUCAUCCUAAGGAUAAGAACUCGAGUAUCAUCAACACGGACAUUUUAGCGACUCCUUUCAAUUCGCCGACGCCUAGCUUCGAACGUAGUCAAAGCGAUGCUUAUCUUGAGGAAAAUAAGACCCAGGAGACGAUCUUCACAAGAAGUUUCUUUGUUCAGGGCGAAGCUGUCGGCUAUCAGGAGGAGCGAAUGGGGUGUGAGAAUAGAGUAGAGAAGGGUAUUAAUAACAUUGAGGGCGCGCGGAAAAUCGCCGGUCCCAACAAAGACUUCGAGACUACCGGAAAGGAGGAUAUCAUAGAGACUACAACCGAAGAUGAGGUUUCUGAUGAAGUGGAGCUGACCCCGGCGCCCACGCCCGUUCGAAAUGGUGUGUCUGCCGCUACCGUUGCCGACAGCUCUGGAGAGACGAUCACGAAUGGAGGCGAAUCACACGACAGCACAGCUGAUAAGGCCCAGGAGGCGAUGGCUGAAGGAAACGCUACAAUCAUCUUCCCUGGAGAUGCAACGCUAGAUGAUCAUGAGGAAGCGGCUAUUGAAACGCCAAAGAACGCUCAGGGCACUCGCAGUGUUCCGCCACACAUGCGUCGGGAAUUUCAACCUCUAGCAGCGCGCCACUCUGCUCUCCCUGAUCUAAGACACACGAUUCCCCUAGCUGAAAGAAAUCGCUUCUCUGACAACCAUCGAACACCGCGCCCACAGUACCCGAUGUACCAAUCUCCCAUCUAUCGUGUCGACGCCGAUCGCGAACAGCUCGCUCGCAUGCGCGCCCAGCUCAUGAAGACUCAGAACGAGCUCAACGCCUCGCGCAAGCAGAAUGUAGAGCUCCGCACAACUGUCGAGGCUGAGCACCAGCACAAGAUCGAAACCGCCUUCUCAAGCAUGCUGGCAAACCUUCUUCAGAAACAGAGCGAGGCACUGGGCCUAGAGGCAAAUGUCGAAGCAAAGGGACGUGAUUUGCAGUACCGCGAGAGGCAAAUUGAGCAGUUAGAGGUGUAUCUUGCUGAGGGCCAGAAGCAGGUCAAGUAUCAGCUUGAACAGCAAGGUAUCCGCACCAUGAACGCCGUAGACCGCGAGCACAUCAAGCGUGAAGCUGAACUAUUUCUUGAGAAAAGGUUUGCGGAUUUCGAGGCCAAAAUCGCUAUCCAAGCUGAGCGCCUCCGUCUCCGCGAGGCGACGCAACAGAUACGCGAGCAGCAGUACAAAUCCCUCGUCUGCGAGUCCAUCGAAUCUUCGUUUCACGAGAAGGCCUUGACGUUCGAAAAAGCAGCAGAGCUGGCCGAAGAACAGUAUAACAGCGGCUACGCAGCCGGUAAGGAACUAGGGCGCAAAGAAGCUCUCGGCGAGGCGCAAAAGCUUAGUUUCCUAGAAGGCUACGCGGCGUGUCAUCGUGCGCAGACUGCGCUGUACAAUAUGCGCGCUGGGCGUAUUCCGCGCGAUAGUCCGGAACUAGAUUUCCUAUUCGACGCUGGGCACGCAGAGAAUCUCCUCACACGUGAUCGGGAGCAAAUUCGCCCACGGGGAUGGAGAUCGAGUUGA